UUAACUUAUUUAACAUAAAAAAAGAUGACAUUAGAAUUCCUAGAAAAAAUUGAUACAGAAAAAAUUUUUACGAAAAAAGAUAAACAUAAAGCUGAUAUAUUCUCAUCUAAUGAUAAAACUUCCGUCGUUGAAGAUAAAGAUAAUAAUAGCGAAUCAUCAAAUGAUGUAUUAAUUCAAAUAUUUGAUAUCUCUAAAGUUGAUCGUCCACAUAUAGUAGAUUUAUGCUCAACAAAAAAAAGUGUUUUACCCAGAGCUUUAGAAAAUGUUCCUCUUAUUUCCCCUUCUAUAAAUUAUUUAAGUUAUUUUAUACAAGUUUUACAACAUUUAAUUCUUACAAUAAUAUUUGAUUGGACCGCAAUUAUUACUCACCCCGUAAAUUUCUUAUUAACCUUUGUAUUUUUUCCUACGUCUGCUAUAAUAUUAUUCUUUCUUGAAAUUAUUUUAAGAUUCAUAUCUUUUUUAAAUUUGGACUCUAAUAAUGAAACCGUUUUACAAUCUUGGUCUAAAUUAAUACCUUUAACUGAAUUAUUGGCGAAUCUUCGUUCAGGAAUGGAAUCUUUAGAUCAACAUCCUACAUCAGAUAUUCAUAAAGGAUUUAAUUUAGAUCGAACACAAUUCUUGUUAUUUCUUUCAACUAUCAUGUACGAGAGAAACGAAAAACAAGUUAUUAAAGCUUAUCGAAUGAUUUCCAAAAUGAAAAAGGAUAUUAAUAAUAAAAGUGAUGAAGAUUUACAAACCGUUUAUAAAAUUCUUAAAGAAAGUGAAAAAAAUAUAAGAGAUCAAAUAAAAGAUUUUGAUCUUCAAUUCACUUCACUUUCCGAAUUAAAUACUCUUGGAGGUCCUUAUGUUGGAAUGUUUUGGUCUGAAGAAAGAAAUUUUAUAACUAUAGCUUGUAAAGGUACAACUCCAACUAAUUUUAGUGAAUGGUUAACAAAUGCAUCAUUUCAACGUACGGAUGCAAGAGCUUUUUUAUUUGGUGAGGUUCAUCAAGGUUUUUAUAGUCAACUUUUCCCUAUUAACGAUUAUGAAUCAGCAAAACUUGAUAGAAAUUGUCCUGCAACAAGAAUUAUUAAAGCUGUUAAUCAAAAAAGUGAAGAAAUUAGAAAUAAAAACAUGGAAAAAAAUAAUAUAAAACUUAAGGAUACCCCUUUAGUAAAUAUUUAUGUCACAGGUCAUUCAUUAGGUGGUGCAUUAGCCAAUUUAUUAUACGGUAGAUUAUUAAAAUAUCCUCGAUGUUUAGGUGAACAUUGUAUAUUAAGAGAUGGUACAACUUUUGCAAGUCCAUCAAUUGGAGAUUCGGAUUUCGCUGCAGAAUUUUCAUCAUUAUGUAAUCGUUCAAUUGAGGAAUAUAAAACAUUAUGGAGAAUUGUAUGUGAUAGUGAUAUCGUACCACGUGUUCCAAUUGGUCAUAAUAAUCCAAAAUUACGAAGAUAUACUCAAAAAAUACAUAUAAUGAAUUAUUUUCAUGUUGGUGAUGAAAUAAGGUUUUAUCAAGAUGGUACUAGACCUUCGUCUAUGCGUGAUAUUUUUAGUGAUAAUAAAGAAUUAUUAUUCCUUGAACAUGGUUUAGGUUGGAAUGAAUGGAAAAGUUUAUUUGGUCUUUAUGAUCCUCUUGAUGAUAAAAAACAUCAUAUUAAAUCUUCUUUCGAUCCUAGAUAUAAUACAAGUUUAAUACCUAUUGAAAGAUUAUUAUUACCUUUUAUUCGUAACCAUAUGACUCAUCGUUAUCUUGCUGCUUUGGAAAAAUCUAGAAAAUUUUUUAAUAAUAAUAUAGUUGUUAAAGGAGGUGAUAAUAUAGUUUAAUAUUAUACAUACGUACAUACAUAUAUCACUUAAUUUUUCCUGCACCCCUUGUUGCAUUAAUUAUCAAUCCGUGUAAAUAAUUACACUGGAUUUAAUUAGUUGGAAUAUACUUGUAUUAUUUUAAUUAUAUUAAUUUGGUUAGAAACUCUUUAUUUAUCCAAUUUUAAUAUUAAAAAUAUUUUUAAUAUUGUACAAUUUUAACGGUGUAACAUUCGGAAUAUUCCAAUCAUCUGAAUUAGAAUUUGCCUUUUUAUUCUAAUAAUAAUAAAUAUACAGUAUAUUUACUAUUUA